AUGGUGGCCCAACUGCUAGGGCUGGUCUUCUUAUUUCUACCUACCAACCUGGUCAACUUUAUCACAUAUGCGGUGGAGAUAAAUCCCAAAUGGGAGGUGGUGUACCAGGAGACCAGUGUGUAUGGAGUAGUGGGCAAAGCGGUGAUCCUGGAAUGCGGUCCCACCUUACCUGACAUGUACAUAUGGAGCUUCACCAUGCCUGGAACUGAAGCUAUAAGAGCUGUGGUGUAUGAUUUGGGGAAAGGAGAGAGGAUUCAGCAGUUGGCCCAGACGCUUGGACAGCUCACGGUCAUCUCUAACAGUGCAGCUGUGAGUAUCGAGAACCUGCCCCUGGCUGCACACGGCCUGUUCACCUGCCAGGCUUUCUAUGACAUAGAACAGGAGCCAAAAGUCUUCUACUACUAUGUGCACCUCACUGUCCGAGUUCCUGUCAGUAAGCCUUACCUACUGAUGAGUGAUGUAUCUCCGGUGGAGGGAUCUACAAUGUGGAUGCGCUGCAAUCUGGAAAAUGGCACUGGACCCAUCCAGUAUGUGUGGCAGUAUGAGACCCGCAGCGGCAACAUCUCAGCCUUUGCACAGGGAAACACCAACAUUAUCAACGUGACCAACAUCAAUCGCAACCACACCGGCUGGUACCGCUGUGUGGCCAGCAAUGCCGUCAACAGCGAGAGCUCUAACCGGUUAUGGCUGGACACCAUCUUUGGCCCGGAUAUCCCUCAGAUAGAUGUGACUCCGUACAGUAUAACAGAGCGGGGAUAUUCAGCCCUGGAGAGAGAGACUGUCUCUUUACUGUGUCAGGCCCAGUCCAACCCGGCCAGUCAGUACGUCUGGUUCUACAACAACUCCCAGGUCUACACUGGGUCGCAGUUAACCAUCACUAAGAUCCUACGCAUGCACACUGGCGACUAUGCCUGCUUGGCACAGAACACCUACCUCAACACCCGCUCCAAAAAAACUAUCAGCCUGACUGUCUACUACCCACCUGAUGGCUCCCCCUCCUGUUCUGUCGAGGCAGCUCUGAAUUAUACCGCUUUGAGACUCCUCUGCUCUUGGCCCGGCGGGUUACCCUCCCCCUCUCUCCACUGGACCGGACUCGUGAACACUGCCAACACCAACACUGCUGUCUUGCUACCAUCUGAAGGCCUCAACUCCAACAGCUUGUUUACUUGCAUGGGCUCCCACCUGGCACUCAAACAAUCAAUAGAGUGCAGCACACGCACAUAUAUUCCCCCUGCAGAGCCAGAGUGUUUUGCCUACGUGACUAACAAUAAACAGUAUUUGAUGCUGUCCUGCUCCUGGGAUGGAGGGGCCCCGAAAGCCUUGUUGUGGUGGGAGGGCCCAGAUGGCCUGGCCAAAGGCGGAGAAGAAAACUCCAACAUCCUGAUCCUUCGCUACGGCACCGCCCGCAGCGGGAAACCCUACACCUGCCAUGCUAAGCAUCCACUUCUGGUCCAAACCAAAACCUGCAGGCUCACACUGGAGGCCCCUGUAUUGCUGACACAGCGCAGAGUUGUGUCUGUAUACGAGGGGAGUGACGUUCAGCUCACCUGCAACCUGAGAGCCAACUACCUUCCUGUCAGUGAAAUCACCUGGUUUAACAAUCAGGGUGUGGGCGUCCUAGACACCUCAAAGUACGCACUGCUGCAGACAUCUGCAUGGGCCAAUCUGACUGUGAGAGACACAGAUGAGACUCAAGACAGCGGCGAGUACAGGUGCUCCACUUCCAACGCAGUGGGAGGAACUGAAAUCAAUGUCACUUUAGUGAUCAAGAGGUACCCCAUGCCACCCAAUGUGACCCUGGUCAAAGUGAUGUACAACAGCCGACAGCGUAACGAGGUGGAGCUGGAGUGGCGGGUAGAGAACGAGGGAGGAGGAGGAUGGACAGGUUUCAUCCUGCAGCACAUAUGGGUGUCAGAGCAACCAGGAAGGAGAGGCAGCAACAAUGAUUCAAAGCAGGAGACGGAGGAGAGGAUCAGUCCACCAGACUGGUACUCUAAUAUCAUCCAGGACCCAGAAGUCAGGAUCUAUACAGUAGGGAGACUGACACCGACUGUUACCUACCAGUUCCGCAUCAUGCCUGUCAACCACCGCACCGUUGGACACCCUUCUGCUGCAAAGACUCCAGCGGAACCACGCUACAAUGUGUACCCUGCUGUGAUUGGAGCAGCUAUAGGCGGGAUGCUCUUUGCAGCUUUCCUAACAGCGCUGCUGCUCGUGUUCAUAAUCCGCAACCGCAACAACAAUCCUCGAUUACAUGACAUGCUGUUUGGUUUGCAGCACAGCCAGUCAAGAGAAAACAUCAACUUCCCAGAGGAUGAAUUGGAAGGCAGGUCAGAGGGAGGAAUAGAGGAGAUUGGUGGAUCAUCCAGUCCAGGUCCAACCAUGGCUUUACCCCGGGCAGCUUCACCCCUCACCACCUCACCUGCGAGUGCCACCCCCACCACCAGCCAAGCCCCUCCCCCUGGAGACGACAAUGAACCUGUCAGCGUCACCAUCACCGUCAAGGCUACAGGCUCAUAG